AUGGUCUCCCACGAACUAGAGCAAAUGAGGAGUCUAUCGGAAGAGGCGAUUUUAGAAAUGCCCAGCAUGCCUCUCGAAAAUCGACCGCGACUUCCCCGUAUGCCCCUAAGCAAGCAAAAUCGGCCUGUCGUGAGGGCUCUUAACCCAAUGCUGGUGACCUAUUUGGAAGCCUGCCGGGACCUUUGCGAAACGGACUCAAUUUUUUUGGUGCUGCAGUGGCAGACAAACUUCCCAUGGCUGGACGCGCUACUAAACAAAGCAGCGCCAUCCCAGUCUGGAGAAAAAGAAUCGAGGACCGUAUCGCAAAGGCAAGGGCCCUUAUCGUAG